UUAAGCAUUAAAUGUUUUACAAAUCUUUUACAGUGUCCUACAGCAGUGUGAGAAAAAAUUUAAAAAAAAUCAGAAAUGGAGUCCGAUUUGGCGACACAAAGCCCAAACAGUGACUCGGAAGAGGACAGCAGGCGACCCAAACGCAAAAAACAGCUUCCUGCACGACUGUACUUGUCAUCCGAGGAUGAGCGAGAGUUGCCAAUAUCCCCAGCAUCCCCGUGUCAGGAUAACAUGUGCAGCCUUCCACAGAGGCCAUCCCCAUUGAAGACUGGUUGCUAUGAAACAAGUCUGGCUAGAUCCCACUCCCAGCAACCUGUUCCUGCCACUGUACAUACAAGUACAACGCCUGCCAGGAGUACAAGUACCCCUUCUGUGAGAGACUGUGCGUCAGCUACCAGUACCAGUGUUACCGGGACUCCACGUUCUGAAGCGGCUCGGGAUAUCAGAAUGUUUACACUAAUGGAAGCCAUGUCCAGACGUCAAGUUGAGCUCCUGGAAACCAUGAACCAGGUGCUGGGCAUUGUUUCGAAGAUGGCCAAGGUGGAGGGUGUAAGGUCGUCGGAGAAACCCGAAAACCUCAACUUACCUGCAUCCACCAGCGAGGAGCUAGAGGCCCUUGAGGCGGCACUAGAGGAGGGAGAAUGUUUUAAUGGCUUGGUUUCGUAUCUAUCAGUGCAAGGCGGGGUCUCUACGGCAGACAUGGUGAGGCGGGUAAUGAGGCAAUGCUUGACAAACCAGUUGGCAGUCCAGUUCAACUGGUUUGGAAAGAAGGGCAAAAGAGCCUUUGGAAAACUCAAGCUGGCCCAGGCAGUGACAAAAGCAGUUAUGAAGUGCAAGAAGUGCACAGCAGUCGAGGUGGAACUUGGUUGCAGAGAAUGGUUUAGGAUGGCGAGUGACAGGGACGGGGGCGUAAGAAGCGCAAAAGACCAUCAUCAUCCAUGGGUGAAAGUUUUCAGGAUUAGUCCUGAAUUGACGCAUAGAAAAUUCCAUAUUUUCCUUAUUAGUUUCUUUUGAAACUGCUUGUCUAAGUGCUGUUUAGGAUUUUCAAAAUUUUCAAAAUUUCAUCCAUCUUUCACACAUCUGAAAUGACGCA